CACCCUCCUAACCUCCCCCCACAACGCGACUAACGCAACAAAAGCAUAGACGCCGUUUAUUCUUCGCCGUUGCUCGUGUCGACCCUCGUUUCUGUAUAAAUACGCACUAUUCCAAAGUGAGAGGACCACGCCCGCUCUCUCUUUUCUUUCUUUCUCUCUUCCCCUCACCUCCGGUACUCUCUUUUCUUCACUCCCCACUCUCUUUUCCUUUGUUCUUUGUAAAUAUCUUUAUAAACCAUGCCAUUCGAUUCAAAAGUCGCCGGUGUCAGCAUCCUCGCCAAGGUCACACACGAGCAGGCCGCCGAGGUCCUCACGCCCGAGGCCCUCCAGUUCAUCGCCACACUGCACCGCACCUUCGAGCCCACGCGCCAAGCAUUACUCCAGCGUCGCAAGGACCGCCAACUCCAACUCGACCAGGGUGGUCUCCCUGAUUUCUUGCCCGAGACCCGCCAUAUCCGGGAGGACCCCACAUGGAGGGCCGCGAAGCCUGCACCAGGUCUAGCAGAUCGUCGCGUCGAGAUCACAGGUCCUGUGGAUCGCAAGAUGGUGAUUAAUGCUUUGAAUUCUGGAGCAGCUACUUUUAUGGCUGACUUUGAAGAUUCGACUGCACCAACUUUUGACAAUGUUGUCGACGGCCAGAGGAACCUCAAGGACGCUAUCCACCAGCGCAUCUCUUACACCGCUCCUAAUGGCAAGCAGUACAACAUCCGCAAGGACGGCAAGGUCGCCACCUUACUGGUCAGACCGCGUGGAUGGCACUUGGAUGAGAAGCAUGUUCUUGUGGACGGACAGAUCCUCUCGGGCUCCAUUUUUGAUUUCGGUCUCUACUUCUUCCACAACGCCCGCAAGUCGGUCGAGAUUGGUAUCGGCCCAUACUUCUAUGUCCCCAAGAUGGAGUCUCAUCUCGAGGCCCGUCUCUGGAACGAUAUCUUCAAUGCGGCGCAGGACUACAUUGGCCUGCCCCGUGGCACCGUCCGUGCGACUGCUUUGAUCGAGACCAUCCUAGGUGCAUUUGAGAUGGAUGAGAUCAUUUAUGAGCUACGCGACCACUCUGCGGGACUGAACUGCGGUCGCUGGGACUACAUCUUUUCGUUCAUCAAGAAGCUGCGUCAGCGCCCCGAGUACGUGCUACCCGAUCGCUCAGAUAUCUCGAUGACCACACCGUUCAUGGACGCGUACGUCCGUCUGUUGAUCAAGACCUGUCAUAAGCGUGGCGUGCAUGCGAUGGGAGGUAUGGCUGCCCAGAUCCCGAUCAAGAACAACGAGGCGGCCAACAAGGCUGCGAUGGACAAGGUCCGCAAUGAUAAACUGAGGGAGGUCAAGGCUGGUCAUGAUGGUACCUGGGUUGCUCACCCAGAUCUGGUCAAGUUGGCCAUGGCGGUUUUCAAUGAACACAUGCCCCAGCCCAACCAGCUGCAUGUCCGCCGAGAGGAUGUCCAUGUUGAAGCAGUGGAUCUGCUGAACACGAAUGUGAAGGGAGCGAUUACCGAGGCGGGCAUCCGUGCGAAUAUGUCGGUGUCGCUGAUGUAUAUGGAGGCAUGGUUAAGAGGACUUGGAUGUGUGCCGAUCCAUAACUUGAUGGAGGAUGCAGCGACAGCAGAGAUUUCGCGUUCACAGCUGUGGCAGUGGGCGAAGCAUCAGGCGCGUACGGAUGCAGGAGUGCAGGUGACGGCCGAGUAUCUGUUGAGGGUGCUGGAUGAGGAGACAGAUAAGCUGGCGCAGAGCAUGGGCGAGCAGAGGUUCAAGGCGAGUAAGGUCGUGGAGGCGAAGAAGCAUUUGGCGACACAGAUUACUGGAGAGGAGUACAGCGACUUCUUGACGAGCUUGCUGUAUAACGAUAUUGUCGAGGUAGAACAAAUCAAGGCGCGUAUUUAAGGGAGGUAUUCAAAGUAAUAAAACGCAAGGAUUGUCGCG